GUUGCUGCUCUCUUCUCAGUUCUCAACCUCAGACUCACACACUACAACCUUGGAUUCGCAGAAAGAGUGACCAAUUUUGUCUCUGUAAAAACACACUUCACUGAGAGCUGUGUUUUGAACUGUUGUUUGAUGGUUACCCGUUAUGAUUUCAGGAUCACUUUGACUGUUUGAAUUGUCCAGCACCAACUUCUGGUAUUACUAUCGUGUGAUUACUCGAGAGUUCUUCCAUAGAAGGUAUAGAUGAGCUCUAGAAUCCCAUCUCAUCAGCUUAGCAAUGGCCUUUAUGUAUCAGGGCGGCCAGAGCAGCCCAAAGAAAGGACUCCAACCAUGAGUUCAACAGCUGUGCCAUAUACUGGUGGAGACAUAAAAAAGUCAGGAGAAUUGGGAAAAAUGUUUGUUAUUCCUGUUGAUGGCUCUAAGUCUAGGAAAUCUGGACCAAUAACAGGUGCUCCUUCACGGACAGGAUCUUUUGGAGGAGCUGGUUCACAUUCCGGACCAAUCCAGCCUAAUGCUGCUGCACGGGCUGGCUAUACUACUUCAGGCCCCAUGUCUGGUUCAACUUCAAUGAAGAAAUCAAAUUCUGGACCACUGAAUAAGCAUGGGGAACCGGUGAAAAAGUCUUCUGGUCCUCAGUCUGGUGGAGUAACACCAAUCGGGCGUCAAAAUUCUGGAAAUCUUACUCCUGUUCUUCCUACAACUGGUCUCAUUACGUCUGGGCCCAUAUCAUCUGGACCGUUAAACUCUUCUGGGGCUCCUAGGAAAGUGUCUGGUCCUUUAGAAGCGAUGGGUUCAAUGAAGCUGCAAGGUUCUGCUGCUGUUCUUAAUCAAGCUGUGACUGUUCUUAGUCAAGAUGAUGAGUAUUCCUUCAGAAGGAAUUUUCCAAAGGCGAUAUUAUGGUCUUUUAUUCUGCUUUUUGUGAUGGGUUUCAUUGCCGGUGGUUUUAUUCUUGGAGCAGUGCACAAUGCCAUCCUCCUUAUUGUGAUUGUAGUUCUCUUUGGCAUAGUCGUUGCAUCGUGCACUUGGAAUAUUUAUUGGGGAAGAAGAGCUAUUAUGGGCUUCAUUGCUCACUAUCCUGACUCUGAGCUUAGAAGUGCAAAAAAUGGGCAAUUUGUGAAGGUCUCCGGGGUUGUUACCUGCGGUAAUGUGCCUCUCGAGUCAUCUUUCCAGAAAAUCCCUAGAUGUGUAUAUACGGCAACAAGUUUAUCUGAGUAUCGAGGAUGGGACUCAAAACCUGCCAAUCCUACACAACGCCGAUUCACUUGGGGCCUUAGAUUGCUGGAAAGGCGUGUGGUUGACUUUUACAUCUCGGAUUUCCAAUCUGGCUUAAGGGCAUUGGUUAAGACUGGGCAUGGAGCAAGGGUGACUCCUUAUGUUGAUGACUCAGUUCUCAUUAAUGUAAAUCCAACCAAAGAAGAGUUGUCACCAGAGUUCCUCCGGUGGUUGGGAGAGAGAAAUCUUUCAAGUGAUGACCGCAUCAUGCGGAUGGAAGAAGGGUAUAUUAAAGAAGGAAGCACAGUAAGUGUAAUGGGGGUUGUUCAGAGGAAUGAGAAUGUGCUUAUGAUUGUUCCUCCGCCAGAGCCAAUCACAACGGGUUGCCAAUGGACCAAAUGUAUCUUUCCAGCUAGCCUUGAGGGUCUAGUAUUAAGAUGUGAGGACACAUUCAAGAAUGAUGUGAUACCAGUUUAACAGAAUGUCAAUUGUAGCAUCAUUUAAUUGGCAUUCUUAGAUAGUAGUAUUCUUUUCCCCUCUAUUAUUAGUGGUGGUGGAACAUUUUAUUGACAUAUUUUUAUAGAUUAAGAUGGUAAAGUUGUGUGUGUUUUUUUCUCCCUUUAAAUCAUUGUAUAGUGAUGCUUGGUUUGGUGUUCUUUAGGGAUUGUAAACUUUGGUAUUGUUUGAUAC